CCACAACACACCACUUUUACAUCACCCAACAACAAAACAUAUUAACUCAAACCUUGCUUGCUAUACCUUCCUUCCCAUAAUGGAUAGUUUUUUCACCAACUCAUCAUCAUCAUCAUCAUCCACCACUAGCAAUCCCAUCCCCUCUUUGUUCCAAUCCUCAAAUUCAAGCAUUUCACAACCAAACAUGAGUCAUUCCCAGAUGAAUGCUCACAUCUCAGAUAAUACUGCCUUUCCUACACCUUAUUCAUCAUAUAAUUAUAAUCCCUCAAUGAAUCACCCUCAAUAUCAAGGCUAUCCUUAUCUAAUUCCAAAUACUCCUGAAGUUCAAGCUCAAAGAGAAGAGGAUAGGAAGAAGAUGGAAGCAUAUAGGUGCAAAAUUGCAAGGGAACAAAGAAAACAAUUGUUACAAAAACGUAGAAGUACUCCUUCUAAGGCCUCAGAAGGGACAAGACAACCUAUUUAUAUUCAAGUGAGAGAGCCAAUUGUUCCCAAUGUUUUUUUCACUCCAGAUGGAAAGCGUCUUGAAGAAAUUCUAACAAAGAAGUUGAAAAAUAGUGACGUAACCAGCUUGGGACGCAUUAUACUUCCAAAGAGAGAGGCUGAGGAAAAGCUUCCAGCCCUAAGCAGAGAAGGGAUGGAACUUGUUCUCAAUGAUGUAUAUUCUGAACUAGAAUGGAAAGUCAAAUUCAAGUUUUGGAUUAAUGGAAAAACUAGAAUGUAUGUUCUUGAGAAUACAGGGAAUUUAGUGAAGCAUUACAAACUACAUGCUGGAGAUUUUGUAACCCUUUAUGAGGAUGAAUUUAAAAACAUGUAUAUGUCCAUUCACAAGGACCCCAAGCAUGAAGAACUUGAGCUAAUUCCUUGUGCAGAACAUGCCAAGGAUAAAGAACCGAAUCCAUUAUCUUGUCGAGAGACCGAUAAAACUACAUCGAUUAGGGCCCAAACCAUUUUGGAAAAUGAUGUUGGUAAUGGCGAUGGUGAUGAUGACGAUGAUCAACAACAAACUAGGUUGAAUGAAGUCUACGAGAGCCUUCAAAACAUUUUCGAUGUUUGUUAUCCAGAAUGAUAUUCUAUUAUCGACAUGAUACAAAUACACCUCAAAUUUUCACACACACAUUCAACCGCUCAUUUUGUUUUGUUUUCUUUGUUUUUUUUUUUUUUUAUAUCACAUCAUCAACAUAUCUCAUAACUAUUUUAUCUCUUUAUCUUUCAAGGGGUAUAUACCCUUAUGAAUGUGUUUUUCUAUUAUAUGUCAUAUUACAAGAUCAAGUCCCAGUAUAAUCAAACAUACAAUGAUACAUAUAUUAUUUUCAUAUAUUAA